AUGGAAGCUCGACAACUAAUAUAUGCAGAAUUUCAUACUAAAUAUGUUUGGAACAAGACUAGCAUAAAGUGGACCAGACAGAAAAAUGGAAGGUGUGUUGGAAGAAUAUAUUAUGUUCCUCCCACAAGUGGAGAAAAAUUUUAUUUACGAAUGCUCUUAAACAAAGUACGAGGCAGUCGAUCAUUUGAAGAUAUUAAAACUGUUAAUGGAUUUGUACAUCUAACUUAUAAGGACACAUGUUAUGCACUUGGUUUACUAGAGGAUGAUAAAGAAUUUGAUGAUUGUAUUAAAGAAGCAGUAGCAUGGGGUAAUGGAAUUCAACUAUGUCAGCUCUUCUCAACAAUUUUACUGAAUUGUAUUGUUAUUAAUCCAGGUUUGCUUUGGGAAUCUAAUUUGAAGUUGCUUUUGGAAGAUAUUUUAUACAGGCAACGCCGACUACUAAACUUCCCCGACCUUCAUUUGUCAGAUGACCAAUUAAAAAACUAUGCGCUUUCAGAGAUACAAAAACCUCUUAGAAAGGUCGACAAGUCUUUGGAAGAUGACAAAGUAAUGGUCAUUCCCAAUAGCAAUGUAAUUGAGGAAGCGAACAACUGUCUUAUUACGGAGGAGCUAAAUUAUGAUAUGUUAAAAAUGCAUGAAGAAUACUCUCAGUUGCUACACGGUCUUAAUUCAGAUCAAAAGGCAAUUCAUGAUUUUGUGCUUCAAUCAAUUACCUUGAACUUUGAAAAGUUAUUCUUUGUGUAUGGUUCUGGUGGAACGGGAAAAACUUACUUUAGGCGAACACUACCUGCAAAAUUAAGAUCGGAAGGUAAGAUUGCUCUAGCUGUUGCAACUUCUGGCAUUGCUGCUCUAUUACUACUGGGUGGUCGAAAUGCACAUUCUAGAUUUUAA